AUGACGGUUGAACUGUGUCAACUUUACUGCAUUCAGAAAUACUACUCCUUCUUUGGACUAGAGGAUGGCAAGAGUGGACGCACACCAAUGUUCCACGCGGCUGAGAACAAUGAAAUAGACAUGGUAGAGAUGCUUCUGAAGAGGGGAGCUAACCCUGACGUGUUGAACUAUGCAGGCAGCACAGCCAUCAUGGCAGCUCAAGCCCGCAACUUCAGUCUGAUCACGAAGAUGCUGAGUCGGGCAUCGGAGUGGAAUGAUGAGGAGGGGAGUGGAACAUCGUCUCCAGCCUCGAAGGUCAGUGUGUACCUGCCUGACCCGGCAGUCGGGGUGUGGAAUCAUGCUGUUCCCCUCCGCAAUCCCGCAACCAAGCAGAAGGGCACCGCACAAACUGCCCCCGUGGCAACGUUUGUCCGAGCUUCCUCAUCACUGGCUGCUGACAAUGAAGUGAGCCUCACUCAGAGUAGUGCUGUGAAGCCUCCCGAAACUGUGCCCCGAGUAACCGUUGGCAACAGCAUCAUGGACAAGACGGCAGUGGUAAUGGAAAAGAGGCCAUCAUCAUUUGUAUCAAGGACAGCGUCCAGGUCCCCCGAGUUUAAUUCUGUGGUAGCAGAUGAGUUUAAGGGAAAAGAUUAG